AUGACUGAGUCAGGUCUGGGCGUCCCGGCAAUCUUGGCGAUGAAAAUGACGAUGUGGUUUGACAUCAUGGCAUCCAUGACGCGGUCCACCAUUCCAGAACACCUUCUCUUCUAUCGACACUUGAUUCACGGGGGUGGAUGGUGGUCUGAUUGUAGUGGUAGCAACGACCCCGACUUGAAGAUCGACAACCUGACUGGCUGUCCAGCGGACGUGCUUCUAUGUAUUGCAGAGAUUACGAAGCUAGCGCACUGGAAGGUCCAGGAAUCGCGAACGAGAACAUUGAGCGUCACGCAGUUGAUAGCGCGGGGCAACAUUAUCGAAAGCAACCUGCGUAUGGGAGAACAAGCAAGCAACCAGAGCGGGUAUGGAGCAAUGUCAAGACCAUCGAUGUCAACUGGAUUACCCGGCAUGACACUUCGGACAGAUACACAGGCUAUGGUCGCCAGCAUAUAUCGCGAGGCGGCGAUCCUGUAUCUACAUUCGGUAUUAAGUGAAUGCCAUCCAGGUGUCCCUGAAAUAUCAAGGUCUGUCGCAGAGAUCAAGCGCAAACUAGAAAACAUCAUGCCAUCGUAUAUGGACCGGACAUUGAUAUUCCCAAUUUUUAUCGUUAGCUGCCUAAGCAGUGAUCCCGUAUCACUGGAGGUGUUGAAAGGAAGGACACUGAGACUGCAGGAGCCAUUUAUGAACUGUCACCGUACGCAGCAUGCCAUAGAGGCGGUAUGGAUACGACGAGCGACGAACGGGGGCCAGUCUGUUGACUGGCGGGAAAGCCUCAGGCAAGUGGGCAGCGACUUGCUUUUGGUUUAGAACGAUCUGUUGCUAGUUCUUAUGUUUGUAUGAUUGUUUUCAUUAACCGGUUCUAUGCGUUACCACAUUUAAUUUGCACUUACAUUGGCGGCCUCUACCAUAGCAUCAC